ACCGCGCAUGCGCGGGACGCGCUUCCCGGCGCCAGCGGCCGCACUUCCGGGCGGGCAGAAUCACAGGAUGUUCUGAGUUGGAAGGGACCCACAAGGAUCAUCAAGUCCAGCUCUUAAGUGGAUGGCCCAUUCCAGGAUUGACCCUACAACCUGGGUGUUUUUAGCACCAGGCUCUGACCUGCUGAGCUCAUCUCAGGGUUCUGUGGCUGGUGGCAGGAGCUGGGAGCAUGAGCGAGUUCCGCAUCCACCACGACGUGAACGAGCUGCUGAGCCUGCUGCGGGUGCACGGCGGCGAGGGCGCCGAGGUCUACAUCGAGCUGCUGCAGAAGAACCGCACGCCCUAUGUCACCACCAACGUCUCUGCCCACAGUGCCAAGGUGAAAAUAGCAGAGUUUUCUCGAACUCCUGAAGAUUUUUUAAAGAAGUACGAUGAGCUGAAGUCUAAGAACACAAGACAUCUGGAUUCUUUAGUUUAUCUGCUGUCCAAACUCACCGAAGACAAAGAGACACUCCACUACCUGCAACAAAAUGCAAAAGAAAGGGCAGAACUCGCAGCAAAUGCAGCCACCAGCAGCAGCACGAAUUUUUCCAUCCCCUCCUCCACUUCCAAGAUGUCUCUGCAGGAGCUGGAGGAGCUGCGGAAGCAGCUGGGCAGUGUUACAGCCAACUCCAGUGCACAGCAGCCUCUUGAGCUUACCCGAAAAAUCCUCCGGGAUAAGCAGAACAAGAAGAAUUCUGGUCAGCCCAUUCCAGUAUUUCCAUCCUGGGUGUAUGAGAGACCUGCACUUAUUGGGGAUUUCUUAAUUGGCACCAGUCUAAGCACUGACACAACAGUACCAAUAGGCACUUUGCCACUGGCCUCCCAGGAAUCCAUGAUUGUGGAGGACUUGCUGUACGUGCUGAUUGGCGUGGAUGGAAGGUACAUCACAGCACAGGCCCUGGUGGGCAGGCAGAACAGAACCUUCUCACUUGAUCCAAACCUGGACUUGUCCAUCAAGGAGUUGGUGACCAGGAUUCUUCCUGUGGCAGCCAGUUACUCUGCUGUCACCAGGUUUAUAGAGGAGAAGUCCUCCUUUGAGUAUGGACAGGUAAAUCAUGCUCUGGCUGCAGCCAUGAGGACUCUAAUCAAGGAAUACAUGAUAUUAAUUACCCAGCUGGAGCAUCUUCAGAGGCAGGGCCUGCUGUCACUGCAGAAGCUGUGGUUUUACAUCCAGCCCACAAUGAGGACCCUGGAGAUUCUGGCUUCACUGGCUACUUCUGUGGAUAAGGGUGAGUGUAUGGGAGGAUCAACCCUGAGCUUGCUCCAUGACAAGACUUUCAAUUACACAGGGGACAGCCAGGCCCAGGAGCUGUGCCUGUAUUUAACCAAGGCAGCCAGCGUGCCUUACUUUGAAAUCCUGGAAAAGUGGAUAUAUAGAGGCAUCAUUAAUGAUCCAUACAGUGAGUUCAUGGUGGAGGAGCACGAGCUGCAGAAGGAGAAGAUUCAGGAGGACUAUAAUGACAAGUACUGGGAUCAGAGAUACACUGUUGUUCAGCAGCAGAUCCCCUCCUUCUUGCAGAAAAUGGCUGACAAAAUCCUAAGCACAGGGAAAUAUUUAAAUGUUGUGAGGGAGUGUGGGCGAGAUGUCACCUGCCCUGUGGCCAAAGAGGUCAUCUACACUUUAAAGGAGAGAGCCUAUGUGGAACAAAUAGAAAAAGCAUAUAACUAUGCCAGCAAAGUUCUUCUGGACUUCCUGAUGGAGGAGAAAGAGCUGGUGGCUCACCUAAGAUCUAUAAAACACUAUUUCCUGAUGGAUCAAGGGGACUUUUUUGUUCACUUCAUGGAUCUGACAGAGGAGGAACUGAAGAAGCCUGUGGAUGACAUCAUAACGACGAGGCUGGAGGCUCUGCUGGAAUUAGCCCUGAGAAUGAGCACAGCCAACACUGAUCCCUUCAAGGAUGAUUUAAAGAUUGACUUGAUGCCCCAUGACCUCAUCACACAGCUCCUGAGGGUGUUGGCCAUAGAAACAAAGCAGGAGAAGGCCAUCAUCAGUGCAGAGCCCACAGAGCUCACCCUCAGUGGCCUGGAGGCCUUUUCCUUCGACUACAUUGUGAAGUGGCCACUGUCCCUCAUCAUAAACAGGAAAGCACUGACAAGGUACCAGAUGCUUUUCAGACACAUGUUCUACUGCAAGCACGUGGAAAGGCAGCUGUGCAAUGUUUGGAUCAGCAAUAAGACAGCCAAGCAAUUCUCCCUGCAUUCAGCUAAGUGGUUUGCUGGUGCUUUCACACUGCGGCAGCGGAUGCUGAAUUUUGUGCAGAAUAUCCAGUAUUACAUGAUGUUUGAAGUGAUGGAGCCAACCUGGCACAUUCUGGAGAAGAACCUGAAGCUGGCAUCCAACAUUGACGAUGUCCUGAGCCACCACACCAGCUUCCUGGACAACUGCCUGAAGGACUGCAUGCUCACCAACCCAGAGCUGCUCAAGAUCUUCUCCAAGCUGAUGUCUGUGUGUGUCAUGUUCACCAACUGCAUGCAGAGGUUCACCCAGAGCAUGAAGCUGGACAGUGAGAUGGAGAGGCUCACCCUGGAGCAUGGCACCAUGCUGGGCCCUCCCACCGAGGAGGAGCGUGCUGAGGAGGCUGCCAAGAAGAAGCUGACCAAUAAGCUUUUAGCAGAGCAUGCUGACAGCCUGCACCUCACAUCUGGCUUUGAAGCCACCAUCAACAAGUUUGACAGCAACUUCUCCACACAUCUGCUGGACCUGCUGGACAAGCUGAGCGUGUACAGCACCAAUGACUGCGAGCACAGCAUGCUCAACAUCAUCUACAGGACUAACCAGGGCAGCCAAGUCUCUGCAGGACCUUUUGGGAGAGGCUGGUGUGGCUUCUCAACAUUUCAUGUCACCCUUCAUUUGCCUGGAGACCCCAGUUCAUCAUCAUCAGGCUGCUGCAGGCUCCAGGCUGGAUCCAUCUGCAGGAAAGGCUGGCAGGAUUAAGCUCUCCCUGUUCCCUGGCUGCCAUCGCUGCUGGGUGUCACAGGAGCAUCCAGACUCGGGUUGGAUUCAGGGAUUGGGACCACAGGCAGUUGAGUCACCCAGGCAGGAGCAGUCACUGCUCCUCAGUGCUCCAGCUCUCCUCCUUUACCCCUUUUUUUAACAUUUUUCCCAUCUCCAGUACAAGUUCUAACAGAGGGACAUGUUCAUGUUCAUGUUCAUGACUUCUCCAUCCAGGAGAUCUUGAUGGCAGCUCACUCCACGAUGCCAGGGCACAGGGGACAUGGCCAACACAGUGCUGAGGACCAAAUUACCUGCUCUGUCGUGGUGGGAAUGUCACACACGUGCCAGGACAGUGGGACAGGCUGGUGCUGCACCCCACAGCCUGGCUGUGUGUCCUGCCCAGGGUGCCACAGCCAGGAGCUGCUCCAUCAGUGUCACAGCCCCCACUGGGGGGGCAGCUGGGGCCAGCAGGUGACUCCUGAGCUGUCACCUCUGCAGCUGCUUCUCCCAAACACAGAGAGGUUGGGUUUUGCAACCAGCACUUCCUGCUUCAGGGGAAAGGGGAAGUGUGGUGGUGCAGAUGACACAGUGCUGCUGUCCAUGGUUUGUGCUGUGGACAGUGACCCAGCUGCACCCAGAGGAGGGCCUGGCUGCUUUGCCCUCCUUUUAUUUCCAUGCCACCAGGACUGUCAUCACUAUCAAGUCCCCCCCCUAGUCUGGACUCUCUGGGACCACUUGAGUCUUCACCAAGACAUUGGAGCUGCUGGACCUGUCCUGUCAACCCAGCUGUCCCCAAUUCCUUAGCAGAAAUCCUGGAUGUGAACAGCCCAUGGGACCUUUCCAAUCCCACGGGGUGCUCAGGGCUGGUUUAAAGGGUGGGAGCCCAGAGGUGACAUUUAGCUCCCAUUCAGGUUGGAGGGAUUGUUGGCUCCAGGCCUGGGCUCUAUGGCAACAGGAACCUGAGAAGCACAGUGGAGACAGUUGCCAUCUGAAAUAACAUAUUUGAGAGAGUUAUAAGGAAGAGUUUGUAAGACAUACCACACUUUUUUUCUAAUUUAUAACCUUUUUAUGGGACUGCUUUCCAGCAGGGAUCAUCAACAUGUCAGAUAAAUAACAAAAUUCACAGUUCUGCUACUUGCUCAUAAUUUAUUUGCUCCUGGUUAACACUUAUUCAUUUUGUGGUUCCGAGUAACUGAGACAUUUUAUCUGUGGCAUCAAACAACAGGAGAUGGAGAUGCAGAGGGUUUCCUUCAGAGCUCACAGGUGACAGAUCUCUGCUGUGCCCAAGUCCUGCUCAGUGUGUCAUAGACUAGAAUCAGAAAAUCUCCUGAGGUGAAGGGACCUAACAAGGAUCAUCCAGUCCCUGCACAGACACUUCAACAAUCCCACUCUAGGAGCAGUGUCCAAAUGCUCCUGGAGCUGUGGCAGCCUCAGGGCUGUGCCCAUUCUCUGGGGAGCCUGGGCAGUGCCCAGCACCCUCUGGGGGACGAACCUUUCCUGAUCUCCACCCUAAACCCCAGCUCCAGCUGUUCCCUUGGCAGUGCUGACCGAGGGCUGGCAGCUGCAGGAACUCUCCAGUGACUCCAACACCUCCCAGGAGUGAAAAGGAGCAGAGCUACAGUGGAGAGGGCUCUGUCAGCAGGAUUAGUUAAGUCCCCAUUCUUAGAAAUCUUAGACAUCAGUGUGGUUAUCAGCAUCCCUCCCUUACCAGUGUGGAGGAAGCUGAGCUCAGAGUAGGUCACCAGGACGUGAAGUGGUGCAAACCCCACCACAAAGCAAGAAAAUGCCACGUAAGCACAUGCUGAGGAAGCACCACAGAGAUUCUGAAGAAAUGGUUAUCAGGGAUCACUUGAAACUAAAAACAGCUGAAAGGGAAGCCAAGCAAAAUCUGCUAGUCACUGAGCUGGGAAUGAAGCAGCUUUAGAAAUGGAGCAGGUCCUCGAAGCAGCAAGUCUGGCCUUGUGUUUGAAUCAAAACUUGUCCAGUGCUCUCACCUCAGUGUCAGGUUUCCCUGGUUCAGCUCCUCGAGGAUGAAGGCAAUGUGAAGCUUUUCAGCCAGGAGAGAGCAACAGAUAAUUUCCAUCUGUCGAGGCUCUGUUUUCUGCAGGCACCAAAAAAUGUCAAGGAACAAUUUGUUGCCGUUUGUGUGAGGUUGUUAAGCAACAUGAAACUCAAAUAUUGUGCCCAUUCAGUUGGUAUUGGAGCAGCCUAAUUUGAGAAA